AUGGCGAAACCCCCAAUUCUAUCAGCUCCGAAGCCUGGUGAGACUCUUAUCAUGUACUUAGCCAUCUCUAGCAUAGCCACAAGUGCAGUAUUGAUCAGAAAAGAAAGUAAGAGUAAGUAUCCAAUUUUUUACACCAGUAAGACAAUGACAGAUGCAGAAACGUGGUACAGCAAGGCCGAGAAGAUCAUAUUAGCAUUAGUAUACGCAAAAAGGAAACUUCGACACUGCUUUGAGUCACACAGCAUCAAAGUUCUUACCAACUACCCCAUGCGAGUCAUUCUUUCUAAACCGGAUUUGUCCGGAAGAAUAACUAAAUGGGUGAUCGAGCUUAGUUCCUUUGACAUAUCCUGCAAAUCGAAGGUGUCGCACAAAGGGCAAGCGCUAGCUAAUUUCUUCUUGGAGUACGAAGAUAAGCCCGAGGAACCAGAAUAUGAAGCCUUGCUUGCAGGACACCGGUUAGCAAACCAGCUUCAGGUAAGGUGCCUAAAAGUUUUUAGUGAUUCUCAGCUUAUUAUGAAUCAAGUAACAGGCCAGUAUCAGCCUAAGAAGGAUAGAAUAAAGGCCUACAGAGAAGCUGUGGAGAUUGCCUUACGAGGGUUCGACCAGAUUGAGUUUCAUCAAAUACCUCGCGAGGAGAAUUCUGAAGCAGAUCAGUUGGCUGCAGCAGCAUCUUCUUCUGAUGAAGAUUUGGUCCGAAUUGUACCAAUCGACAUCCUGGAUGAACCAAGUAUAAGCCCUCGACAAAAGAUAAUGGUGAUCCUAGAUGUCCGACACGAACCAUGCUGGAUGGAUCCAUUGGAAGCUUACCUUAAGGAGGGGACUCUCCCUAACCAGAAGGCCGAGGCACAGAAACUCAGGCUCACCGCAACCAAAUAUGCUAUCAUCAAUAACCAAUUAUAUCAAAAAUCAUUCUCGGGUCCUUACCUAAAAUGUUUGAGCCCCACAGAGGCUCUCAUGAUACUGCAGCAGAUUCAUAAUGGGGAUUGUGGCAAUCACUCCGGAGGUAGAUCUUUGGCGCAUAAAGUUCUGACUCAAGGUUAUUUCUGGCCUUACUUGGCUCGGAAUGCUGACGAGUAUGCCAGAAGGUGUGAUAAGUGCCAGCGACAUGGUCCAAUGAAGCAUCAACCCGCCGAAGAUCUACACGCAAUGGCGAAUCCAUGGCCAUUCGCUUAG